UAUGAGGGGCAAGCGUCGGCCUCCCGAGGAGCGCAUCUCCAACGUGGCCGGACCUCUCCCGCCGUGCCGCGUGUGUGGGGAGCAGGCGGCCGGCUUCCACUACGGUGUCAACACGUGCGAGGCCUGCAAGGGUUUCUUCCGUCGUAGCCUCGUUCGCAAUGGCGACUACGAGUGUAUUGGAAAUGGGGAGUGCGUCAUCGGGGAGAACCGAAGGAAAAGCUGCCCGAAAUGCAGAUACCUCAAGUGCCUGGCUGUGGGCAUGUCUAAGGAUGCUAUCAAGACGGGACGCUACACUUACAUGAAGAGGACUCAAGACACACUGGAGAUCCAGAUGCUUCAGGAGGCUUCACAGAGCAGUCAGGACUUCCGGGCUUUCCAUUCCAGCAGGUUGGCCGCGGCCAUCUCAGAGAACUUGAGGAAACGAUCCCCUGCUCCCACCCCUAAGACCAGUUCUCUCACCCCACCUCCCCCCAUGGACUUGAGUACCCAGUCAGGGAAUUCAUCUUUGGCAGCAUCGCCCUUGACUUCUCUCGCAGCUUCUCCCAUCUCCACACAUACACAUACGUCAUCCUCGCCGUUUCCUGAAAUUGAAUGCUUACCAGGGGAGCAAUUACAGGGUGCUGGGAAGAAAGUGAGAACAGGUGCCAGACCUGAUUUUGAGGUGUCCCAAGACAGUUUGUUAAGCGAGGCACCGUUUCAAAGGCAGUUGGUGAACAUGCCAGCAGAACCCUCUGAGAUCAGAUCUCAGAGCAGUAGUAGUAGUUGUAGUAGUAGCAUGCAGGCAACACCAGACAGCGUCCCUACCUCCCCGGCAGACUGUAGUGGGACAGCAGCUAACAGCCCGAUGCAGUGCUCGUCUCUGAUGUCCCCACCCUCUGUUGGGGAAGUGAACAACCCUCACGGCGGGAUGUACCGGUCCAAUGGGGGUGACUUGAGUGGGGAGUCCUUGAUGCCGUGUCCAUUCUCCCCGGUAUCCAUGUCUCUCUCCCCCGAGUCCGUGGACUCCCCGUGUUCUCUGUCUCUGUCGGUUAUUUGUCCAUGGCAGGAUUACAGCGAGGAAGAUCUCCGCGAGCUGAUUGACACUCUGGUUGCUGGCCACCAUGAGUUAGUGCAGGACAGUAACUGCUACUCCAACGAGUACCUUGAGGAGAAGUUCAAGGAGUGCGCUGAACGUUGCAAGUUGAAAGUUGAGGUUUUUGGCGACAUGGGAACGUUAGAGAAAGAUGAGGCCCUAGAUAUUUACAACAGCACGGGGCUGGACGUGGAUGGACGGAUUGAAGACAUUGACUACUGUGUCGGCCGCAUGGACCAGGACAUUCGGCAGAUGAUUUCCUUCCUGAAACUCAUCCCUGGCUUUAAGUCCCUCAGGAUUGCGGAUCAAACUGUUCUUGUGAAAGCCAGUAUAUACGAGCUGUUUACGCUGUCAUAUUAUCGUGGAUACAACCGCGAGAGAUGGGUGGUGGUGGAGCUGGGCCGCAGCUACUGCAUUCACGACUUGGAGCGGAUCCAUGAUAAGACUUUCUUGGAUAUCAUCUUCGACAUGACGGAGAGACUGCAGAAGCUCAACAUAAGCUACGAAAUAAUGGUGAUCAUGAAAGCAGUUUGCCUGUUUUUCCCAGAUCGUGUGGAACUGGCCGACCGCUAUGAAGUGGAGCGUCUGCACCAGAGGAUGGUGCAAUGCCUCAUGCUGCUGUUGCGGAUUACGUUCCCCGACCAUCAUGGCGAGAUGUUGUCCAGGAUUGUUAACUUCCUCUCUGGCAUGCGAACAGUCGACAAGGACUGCCGAGAUACGUUUCGACGGAUGGGUUUGGAGUCCUACUCGGCCAUUCAGAGCAGACCCGUACUCAUUGAGUUGUUCAGUGGCAGUGUCAGUUAGCGCUAGCCUCUGCUUGCUCUCUCACCACAUAAAAACUUCUUCAUAUCACUUUGUUUUGUACCCUGUCAGAAUGAGGCUUAAGCUGCUGAAAAGAGUACUCUGAAACUGCUCUAUGAAAUGACGUUUUGGUUAUGAUACUAAGUUUUUCAAUGACAAAACCAUGGUUAUCGAAUCUGGACACUUUUCUUGCUUGUGGCACAUGUAUGCUUUGCACUCGGGCAAAUGUUUUCCUGGCUCUUGUUUAUUUAUGCUUCUAACGAUGGCAAGCCGCGAAUUCCCAGUUGCUAGAUGCUGUGCACCUGGAUGAAAAAUUUUCAGAUAAUCGUAGUGAUGAUGAAGAAUUUUGCCUGCUGCAGCUUUGUGCUCUCUGAGACCUUUAUGUGAGCUGAAACUAUAUUCCGGUACUAGUGAAUAUUUAUUUGUUGCGCUAUCUCUUUAUCGAAAAAUUUAUUCUGAAACAGUAAACUUUAAAGCCACUCUAUG